GAGAUAAAACAAAGUUCUACUCCAGUGUGACCAUAAAAUGAAAGAUAUAAUACUGAAAUAAUCAAAAUCCAACCUCAUUGUGAAUGUAAAUUUCAUAAGCAUCAUUUAUUUGGAAAAUAGUUUUUGAUGCUAAAUCUCAGGAGCUGACUUAGUAAGGAUGUAUUCUCAAAGACUCGAGCUGGCAGGAUUGCUGAUUCCACUAGUAAUACCAUUGGUUUUAUGUAUAUCUGCGGAAUCAACUUGCAGCAGAUACAUUCCUGGUCCAAAUGCUUCGAAGGAUUGUUGUAGCCAUGGAUGUCUGUGGGCUUCCUGUACCUCUGACAGAUACAAUGGCAAACCGAUUCUACAUUUCGGCUGUCACGCUUUUGACUGGAAUAGUUCUUUGGAUUGUGCAGAAGGAGAGAAACCGGACAUUAUUUGUCCUAGAGAAACCACAGCAUCAAGUACUGUAGCAGCUUCCCCUACUUCCGAAUAUAUCACUGCCAACUCUACAACAAACACGACAGAACACGGAAUGAACAGUGGCCCUAACUGCUGUCAUGACUUUGGCUGGAAUAGUUCAUCGUUUUGUGAAGAAGGAGAGAUACCGGACAUUAUUUGCUCUACAGAAACCACAGCACAAAGUACUGUAGCUUCCCCUGCUUCCGAAAGUAUCACUACCAGCUCUACAACAAACACGACAGAACAUGGAUUGAACAGUGGCCCUGUCUGUAUCAUUUCGACUCCGCUGAUUGGACUGUUGACUGUGUCGUUUCCUUGGUUAACAAAUUGGUGAAAUGAAAAUCUGUGUGUGUUUUUUUAUAUCCGUCGCAUUAAAGAAACAGUUCCAUGACGAUAGAUGUGCGAUAUAGGAAGCACUCCACACAGAUGUAGCUCAGUGGAUACAUUAACAUAAACAAACUCAUAAUGUUCUACUAGAUAUAAUUGCCAUUGCCAUUUAAAUGCGGUUUUGUAAUACAUUAAACAUACCAUAAAUUA